GCGAUCGUUUGUGCGCUGGAGGCUCCCGGAUCCGCAGGGUUGUUGUUGUUGUCUGAGAUCACUUCCGUGUAAUGCGCGCGGAAAAUUCAACCCAUGCCUAUCCCGAGAAGAAAGGCGCCCUUGGUGAAAAUCGUGACCCGUGAAGCAAAGAACCGGAACCUGUUGUUGUUGUUGUUGUUGGAGCGGGGAAUCAACCGACCUGAAACCCCGCGAUUUGAUGAGUCGACCAUGAUCCGGAUCCAGCUGUGGAUAACUGCGUUGAAAGUGAAAUUGGCCGUGUCGAGCUAGUGUGAAGAAAGAAGAAAAAUUCUCAUCAACCGCAGUGGCCUAAGAGCUUCUGCUUGGGUUCAUUGUCUCCCUGGUCUGUAGAUCCGCAAGGAAAGGCCAUCGGAAUACUAUCGGUGGGGGAUCGUCACUGGACGAGGAUCUUAAAUGGUGUACUUAUGAGUGCAUUGAGUAUAGUCGUACCGAAGAUAGUAUUAAAUCCGCCUUCGGAGGAGUAUGAGACCCCGAUGAAGUGCGAGCUAAAGUUAACUUUUUACGUUCAAAAGCGAAGAAAAGUGAAAAGAGAUAACUCCAAAAAUAUGACCUAAUUGCGUAACGAACGAUCCGAGUGUGUUGUGGUCUUUUUUUGGGCAGACCGCCCUCUGUUGAAACAAAGACAACAAACGGUGUACGCGGUGGCUAGCAUCUCGCAACGGGUUUUGUUUUCGUUCGUGUAAUAGCUUUCGUAAUUUUUGGGGCACUGGUUCCGAAGAAAUGGUACAGUUGCCAGUAACAAAAGGGCAGCUGAAGUGCCCUUCGCAGAUACAUUCUUCGUGGAAUAGUGGUGCUGUCUUCAGACGAAAAGCGAGUAUGUUAUGGCGAAAGAUCAGCCCAUUUCAAUGUGUCUCAGUAGUGGUGUUGAUGUGCUUGGGAACAGCUGUGGCCGACAGGACUCCAUCGCCUCAACAGGAAAAGGAUAUCAUGAUACUGGACGCGCUGGGGAAGCGACAAUCGUACGGUGGAAAUUAUGUCGACUAUGGAUCGAACUCAAUCAUGGAAUUGCUGGGUCAAAUGAUCCCCCAAACAUGCCGCUACAAGGGCCGCAAAUUCGAGUGCGGUUUGUCGAUCUCGUGCGUGUUGGGCGGCGGGAAACCGGUCGAUCUCUGCUCGGGUGGUAUGAUCUGGUCCUGCUGCAUUGAUCGGGAUCUCCAUUCGGACCACGAUCCGGAACAGGGCGCUGUACACAAUGCCAGUGACAUUAUUAAUCUGUUCGACUUCUAUCCAUCACCAUCGUCGUCGUCAUCAUCAUCGUCGUCCUCGUCGUCGUCAUCGUCUUCUUCAUCCUCAUCAUCUUCCUCGUCGCACCCAUCGCACUCACCUGGAGAUCAUUUGAAUCGUCCACCGCUGACCACUCAACCAGCUCAAGCUCCAGCAUACUCCGGCGGAGGCCACUACAAUUCGAAACCUUCCUACCACCUGUACCCGGUGACUAGCACAAGCCCACCGGAGUGGAGCUACGAGAGCAAUUAUUUGGAGAACGGAGUGAACCCCCCGUAUCACUUCGUUGGGGGAACUCUACACGAAGAGAAUGGGCACGGUCCAACGGCAAGCGCUGUCUACAGCGACUCGGCGUUCAGCUUCGGUACGCGGCCCACCGUCGGGUCGAUUUUCAGUAGCGGUGGAAGUGGCAACUCAAACGGUCCGAUGGUACAGCGGCCGUCCAGUUACGGCGGCUACCAAGGUUCCAACCAGCAAGAGGACGAUGGAUUUGGAAUCAAAAAUGGUUGCGGUGAACUGUACACGCGAACCAAUCGUAUCGUCGGCGGCCAUUCGACGGGUUUUGGUACACAUCCCUGGCAGGCUGCCCUCAUCAAGACGGGAUUCCUCACGAAGAAACUGAGUUGUGGCGGAGCCCUGGUCUCGAACCGUUGGGUUGUCACGGCGGCUCACUGUGUUGCGACGACGCCGAAUAGCAAUCUGAAGGUUCGCCUGGGAGAGUGGGACGUGCGAGACCAGGAUGAGCGGCUGAACCACGAGGAGUACAGUAUCGAGAGGAAGGAAGUUCAUCCCAGCUACUCACCGAGCGACUUCCGGAAUGAUAUCGCACUGGUAAAGUUGGACCGCAAGGUAAUCUUCCGUCAGCACAUCCUGCCCGUGUGUCUCCCACCGAAACAAACCAAACUCGUGGGAAAGAUGGCCACCGUUGCCGGUUGGGGCCGUACAAGGCACGGUCAGAGUACAGUUCCUUCGGUGCUACAGGAGGUCGAUGUCGAGGUGAUACCGAAUGACCGUUGCCAAAGGUGGUUCCGGGCGGCCGGACGGAGGGAGGUCAUACACGAUGUGUUUCUUUGCGCCGGCUACAAGGAAGGAGGUCGUGACAGCUGCCAGGGGGACUCCGGUGGGCCGCUGACGUUGAGUCUGGAUGGCCGGAAAACACUGAUCGGGCUGGUGUCCUGGGGAAUUGGUUGCGGGCGGGAGCAUUUACCGGGUGUUUACACCAACAUACAGAAAUUCGUGCCUUGGGUUGAGAAAGUUAUGGGUAAGGAGUACUCUUGAAACGGUUACCGGAUCAGAUAGAGUAUGCGUGUACAUAGUCAGCAGAGGUGACGUAUAUUAAGAAGAUCUAGGGUUAAGAAUAACCGAUAUAAUUUGAGAAUCGAACAUUUACCAUUGAUGUAAAUUAUUGGUAUACGCUGUUAUUGAAGCGCAACGUGCAGUAGAGUUUACCAGAAUGGACGAAAAACCCCAUAAUGUCGUUCGAAUUGCUCGCCGUUUUGAAAGUAGCCAAUGAACAUAGCGAAACAGUAUUCUAAUGAUUCUUCUGUUUGAACGCUACAACGUAGUUAUUUAUUAGUAACUUAUUUUAAUUAUAUCAUAAGACUUGUUCAACUACUGCUAGUACUGAUUUUUACCAUGCGAAAUUAAUUGUACCGAAUAAGAUAUGAUCCAGAAUAAAACGAA